UCCCAAACUCGCGCGUGCUGGUGCCAUGCAUCGACACAUGUCGUGAUGAGUCGCGUAUGCGAUGAACAAUUCCACAGAGGCCUUGGUGCAACUCUGGCACAUGUGCGUGAAAUCGCAGGGCAGCUGUCCAGGGGAAGUCCUUCAGUGGGAAACGCUGCAGAAGGUCAUGGGCGGGCUGCCAGCCUGCGAGGCUUUGCCUGGCGUGGAGGAGGCGUCCGAAGGUCCGAAGGUCCGAAGGUUUUGCAGCAGCACUUCGGGCAGAGCCUGCAGUACGUGAACUUCACGCUUUUUUGGCGUGGCAUGGAGGCGAUCCUGCAAAGCGCCGGGGUCUUCAACAAUGCCGGCCUGGACGCCGACGUGCUGCUGAUCAUCGCCAGCCUCCGCAGCUUCCGUGACGCGGUGCUCCAGGAGCUCCCGGGCAGCUUCGGGGGAUUGAGCCAGGGCGGCGCGGCCAAGUGCUCGGUGCGGGAGCUGCGGGUCUUCUACGAGCGCCUGCGGAAAGGAGCGGCCUCACCCGUCGUAGCCGAUUACUGGGCCCAGAAGCUCGACUACUUGCCCACGGACCCCCUGACACCAGUCACUGCGGAUCAGAUUGCCUUUGCCCUGCUGAAGUGGUUGGAGGAGUUGCUGGGCUGCGGUUCAGAGGAGGAGUCCUUCUUAGACGACGAGCCGGAGCAAGAGCACCCACCAGAGGUUGCGAGGGCCACCUUGCGCAGCCUUACGCUGCCUCCUGCACCAGAGGUUCCAGCAGAUGCUUCAGCUUGGGCCUGGCUGCAGCCCGAGCGAGCCGAGCCUCCGGAGGUGUGCAGCUUCCGGGAGCGGCUUCGGAGGGAGCUGCCCGCAGGAGUUGAUGAGCAUGCUCUGCUCCACUUCUACCGAGCUGCACGGGACGCGCUGGACGUGGACCUGCCAGGCAGCCCCUGCAGCCGCGUGCGACAGAGGAUGAGCCAGGCAUCGCUCCGCAGCGGAGUGGCCUUGCUGGAGAGGGCCGUCCUCGCGCAGGUGCGGCCGGCCUUUCGUCAGCUGCAGAGGGCUGGAUCGACGGGGCGGGAUCAGAACGCCGACGCCUCUGAGGUCAUCAUUGCGAACCUGGUGUGCAGCCAAGCCUUGGCGGCGCAGGUGCUUGAUCGGCGCGCCAACUUGGCCCCAAGGGCCUUUUACACGGCCUGGCUGCUUGAAAGGGCGCGCAGGCGAUGGCUAGUGAACAUCCUUACGAGUUGGCGUUCGAAGUCACCGCUGCCCAAGAAGGAGCAGAAGGAGCAGAAGGAGUCACCGGCUGGCCAAAGCACCAGGUGGCCUGAGACAGUUGCCCUGGAGGUGCCUACCCCCAGCCCCAGCCGGCGGUGGCGUGCGAGGUCGAAGACGCCGCCCGGCUUUGGAUGAGGAGCCGCGCAGCUGAGACUGGAAGGGCGAUGCUUUGCCUUGAGAUGGCGUUUGGGGGGGC